CAAACAAAGACCAGUGAAAUGAGACUUCUGGUUCCAACUUGGCAAAGAAUAACGCGCCAAUGUCCAAUUUCCAUCCUAUGCCGCUGUCACAAGGUAGAGCCUAGCGGAAGAGACAACAUUAAUUUCACAGGGAGGGAAUCCCGGACUUACAGUGUGUGGAGGACAUGGAGGUUGUACAGAAUGAGUAACAGAGGGAUGAUAAGACUAGAGGGGGCGGAUGUGGUACCAUUCUUACAGGGACUGGUCACAAAUGAUGUCACACAGUUAGAGGAAGACAAGGAAUCCAUAUAUACCAUGAUGCUGAAUCCACAGGGAAGAGUGCUGUAUGAUAUUAUCAUGUACAGGAAUAAUAAAGACACCAAUGUUCCUGGUGUAUUGAUGGAGUGUGACCAUGAAGUCAUAAAAGACAUGAUUAAACUUGUUAAAAAGUAUAAAAUUAGAAAAAAGGUAGACAUAGCAGAAGUAAGUAAUGAAUUCCAGACCUUUGCUGCCUUGCCCUCAGAACAACAAAGUGAAAGAGUGUGGCUGCCUAUCAAACGAGGGGAGACAAUUCAUUGUGAACCUGAUCCUAGAUUAGAGCACUUUGGCUGGAGAAUCAUAGCCAGGGAUCAACAGUCUGUCCUAGCAGCCACUGACACUGACUGUGAGGUACAAGUGGGGGAGGAGAGGGAGUACCACAUCCAGCGCUACAAAACGGGGCUCCCCGAGGGGACUCUAGAUCUUCCUCCUGGCCAGUGUCUACCACUGGAGAGUAACCUUGUCUUUCAUAAUGGAGUGAGUUUUAGUAAAGGCUGUUAUAUAGGGCAGGAGCUGACAGCCAGGUCUCACCACACGGGGGUAAUCAGGAAACGACUCGUUCCUAUAGAGUUUGACAGAGUUCCAGAGGAUAUCAAAACAGGAGAAACCAUAGAAACAGCAGAUACAAAGAAGAAUGCUGGGAAGUAUAGAAAUUCAUUGGAUAAGUUUGGCUUAGGACUAAUACGAUUGGCUGAAGUCAAAAAGAAGCUUGUUAUUUCUACCCCUAGUGGACAGCAGUACAAUGUAAGGGCUCAUAUUCCCAGCUGGUGGCCGCAGGAAGGGGAGGUUACUGUUCAACAAUAAACAUUUAAGCGAUUUGUGUGAUAAUCUAAAAUUUGUUGUGCCAGUCAUUAGAAUGGGAUAGCACCAGUACAGAAUAGUACAUGAAUAAGAUAAGGUUUUGCCUGUUCUCUGUAUUUGUAAUUGUGAAAUGGAAAUUUACAUGUACCAAAAUAAAUUAUUUAAAAAUGUC